AUGGACAACUUCCAAACCACUUUCAACUCUAACACCACGUCAGCCAAUGAAGCUUUAAAGAGCCUAGGCUCUUUCUUCAAAACUGAGAAGACUAAACUGCAAGAGAUUCGCACUGGUCUGAAAACUGACCAUGAAACAUUUCAAGCCACUCUCUCCUCUCAGAUUUCACAGCUUAAAGACGAACUAAUAAAGGAGAGUAACAUCAAGGACUCUCUCGCACUCAAGUCAGAAGAAGCAAAGAUUAGAGGGUGUUCCGGAUCUGGCUUCAUUCCGAAACAAGGGGGAGAAGGGGCUGAUGUCAAGAAAGAACCUAAGCCCAAAGCUCCUGUUAAACCAGUUGCUCCAGUUCAACCUGAUGUCAAGAAAGAACCUAAGCUCAAAGAAAAAUUGUUCAGUGAUGAUCCCUUUAUUGAUAAUGAAGAAGAAGAAGUGUCUGAUGAAAACGAACAGAAAAGACGAAAGGCUCGUGAAGCCAAACUGGAUGAGCACCAACGUAUCAUUCGAGAGGCUGAAGAAAAAGAAAGAGCUUAG